AUGGAUAACGCGGCGAUUCAUCGUUAUCGUGGUCUUACGUCAGUCCUUGAUGAGUUGGGGAUUCAAACCCUCUAUCACCCUCCUUACUCUCCGUUUUUAAAUCCUAUUGAAAACGUUUUUUCCGUUUGGAAGAAUAUGGUCAGUGGGUCGGAGUGUAUGUCGGAGGCGGACCUGAAGCAAGUCAUUACGACAACCUUCAACAACUUGGAUAACGACAUUUGCGAAGGUUUCUACCGCAAAAUGAUCAGUUAUCUGAAUAAGUCGAUGGACCAAGUCCCUUUUUCCCCAUUUCAGUUUAAGGUCCCUUUUUCCCCAUGGUAUUUUAGAUCAAGUCCCUUUUCCCAUGGCAUUUUCUUACUAAGAAUAAAUUGCUGUAAUCUAUUGAAUCCUAAGAAGCUCAAAUAA